AUGCAGAUCUUUGUAAAGACCCUGACGGGUAAAACAAUUACCCUUGAGGUUGAGCCAGCUGAUACCAUAGAAAAUGUUAAAGCUAAAAUUCAAGAUAAAGAAGGCAUUCCUCCAGAUCAGCAACGUUUGAUUUUCGCUGGUAAACAAUUAGAAGAUGGCCGAACUCUUUCAGAUUACAAUAUUCAAAAAGGUAGGAUUUUACUCAAAGAGGAACUAACAGAAUGA